AUGCGAUCUUUCAUCAGUAUUGCUCCUCUACUGGCUUCCAGCGUAGCUGGUGCUGCAAUCUCAAACGCGAUUCGAGCGACUGCAGCUUCAGUGAAUCCGUUCUCUGGCUACCAGCUCUAUGCCAAUUCGUACUAUGCAUCUGAAGUCACCACUUUGGCAUUGCCCUCGAUGACUGGUACUGCCAAAGCUGCAGCAAGCUCAGUCGCCCAGGUCCCAUCGUUCUAUUGGCUGGAUACUGCCGCCAAGGUACCCACCAUGAGCACCUUUUUGGCUGACAUCAAAGCCAAAAACGCAGCUGGUGCUAGCCCGCCCAUUGCAGCACAGUUUGUGGUGUAUGAUCUUCCUGACCGUGACUGUGCUGCAUUGGCAAGCAAUGGAGAGUAUUCGAUCGCGGACGGCGGGCUCGCGAAGUACAAGACCUACAUCGAUGAAAUUCGCAAGGUGCUUGUUGCCUACUCAGAUGUCCAAACUAUUUUGGUAAUUGAGCCUGAUAGUUUGGCCAAUCUCGUUACCAACAUGGCUGUCUCCAAGUGUGCCAAUGCACAUGAUGCAUACCUGGAGGGCACUAACUAUGCAGUGACCCAAUUGAACCUGGCCAAUGUGGCCAUGUAUCUUGAUGCAGGUAGGCAUUUCUCAAAUUUGACGGCUCAUGUCCCCCGAGAGCUCAUUCGUCACGCGGGAUGGCUGGGAUGGCCAGCCAAUCUGAGCCCAGCAGCGCAACUUUUCGCAGGAGUGUAUAACGACGCCGGACAGCCUGGAUCUCUUCGCGGUCUUGCGACAAACGUCGCAAACUAUAAUGGCUGGUCUUUGUCAACCUGCCCAUCCUAUACCUCAGGCAACUCGAACUGCGACGAAAAGAGAUACAUCAAUGCAAUUGCGCCGUUGUUGAAGAGUGCAGGGUGGGAUGCUCGCUUCAUCACUGACACCGGUCGCAACGGCGUCCAGCCCACCCAGCAAAAUGCUUGGGGUGACUGGUGUAAUGUCAAGGGAACUGGUUUCGGAGUCCGACCCACCACCAGCACUGGCGAUUCGUUGACUGAUGCAUUUGUUUGGGUCAAGCCUGGCGGUGAGAGCGAUGGCACCUCGGAUUCUAGCGCGGUUCGCUACGAUGCCCACUGUGGAUACUCUGAUGCCCUUCAACCAGCACCAGAAGCUGGUACAUGGUUCCAGGCGUACUUUGCCCAGCUGGUGCAGAAUGCGAAUCCCUCAUUCUGA